AUGACAAUCAAUAUACAACAGCAGCAGCAGCAACAGCAACAGCAGCAACACCAACAAACAGAAAAAGAAGAGAUUUGGUCUACAAUAUUAUCUAAUGUAGCGUCUUCUAGAAUGGUCCCUACCAAAAGAGUGCUUGUAUUAGGUGAUCCUGCAACUGGCAAGUCAACAUUAAUACAUUUCUUAAAAAAUGAUCCUGGACCACAAGUAGUGCAAGCAGAUAAUGACGAUGUGCCAACAUCAUUUGGAGUCAACAAUAACUAUGUUCCACUUCCAGUAGAGAAUCUCGAUGAUGACACAAGAAGUACAUUAGCACUAGGGUACAAUAUGAUUGAUGUGCAGGAUGAAGAGAAUGAAGCUAUUGCUCGCUUAGGUGUAUAUCAAUUAGGUCUAUCAGCCUCCGAAUAUUUGCCUUUACUUAAAUUUGCGCUCAGUACAGAUACAUUAGCUGAUUCAUGCGUUAUCAUCCUAUUGGACUGGACGCGUCCUUGGUCAUUUUUGGAAUCACUUCAAAGAUGGAUACAUGUAGUAGAACAUAGAAUUAAUGAGAUAUGUAAGGAUGGUUCAGCAGGCGAAACCUGGAGUAGAGGAAAGGCUAUAGUGGAUGAACUUAGAGAAAAAGUGGAGCAUUACCUUCAGACAUAUACAGAACCAGUUACUACAAACCCACUAAAUGUUACUACGUCUACAUCAACGGGAUCAGUACCAUCUACACCAAAUACUGCCACAAGCACCAAUUUCCCAACUGCAGCUGCAUCUGCUACUGCACCUCUAGUUACCACCACAACUUCUGCGGAUCAAGUCACUUUGCCCUUAAGUCAAGGUACCCUGACCAAUAAUUUAGGUAUACCCAUCAUUGUCGUCUGCACCAAGAGUGAUGCAACCAACAUGCUUGAUCAAACAAUGGAUUAUAAAGAUGAGCACUUUGAUUUUAUUCAACAAAUGCUUCGUUGUGUAUGUAUGAAAUAUGGUGCUGCCUUAUUCUACACGUCAACCCUUCAACCUUAUACCUUUCAUAAUUUACGCCAAUAUAUCCUGCACAGGUUAUUAUCCACACCAACAAAACCAUAUCCAUUCAACAUGAAAGCACAGGUGAUCGAAAGAGAUGUCGUCCUUGUACCAUCCGGUUGGGACUCAUGGGGAAAGCUGAGAGUGUUACGAGAAGGAUUUGACUGUGAGGCAGUCAAUCAGGGCUGGGAUACAGACAUGGAUGCAGUGACAGAUAGGCAGCAGCCAGGAGCCCAUGGGGCUAGAGGAAUCUAUGAAGAGGUCAUAUCAGACCCAUUAGCUAAAGAUCAG